ACUGUGUAGGCUCUGUAUGAGUCUGUAUGGCAGGAAGCAGAUGGGACGUUUCCUUUAAAAAAAAACCAAAGGUUUUUUUUGCUUGAAAUGUGCCCAUCAGAAGAUACUGACAUGAGGAACAGCUCAACACUUUCUAUCUGGGACUCUUGUGGUAAAGACUCAAUUUAUCCAUGGCGUUCACAACAGUACGGACCGGAGUCACGGACACUUACUCCAAUCAGACCGCUGGAAAUCACUCAUCAGAUGGCUGUUCACGUGAAAGUCCUCUGAAGACAAUAAUGUUUCCCAUUCUCUACAGUAUUCUUUUAAUCCUGGGCCUGUCUCUGAAUGGCUUGGCAGCAUGGGUCUUCCUCAGGAUCCCCAGCAAAUCUCACUUUAUCAUCUACUUGAAAAACAUCGUUGUGGCUGAUAUUAUCAUGACUCUCACUUUCCCUUUUAAGAUCCUCAGCGACUCAAACGUAGCAUCCGUAGGGAUGCGUGUCUUCGUCUGCCGUGUGUCAUCCGUGCUCUUCUACCUCACUAUGUAUAUCAGCAUUCUGUUUUUUGGUCUGAUAAGCAUCGAUCGCUGUAGAAAGACCAUGUGGCCUUUUGUCAGCACCAGCCAGAGACACCUGCUGCACAGAAAGCUGCUCUCAGGCUUCAUAUGGGCCUCGCUCGUGGCUCUUUGCCUACCAAACAUAAUUUUGACUAGUCGUCCAAACACUUCGGCUCAUUUUAAGUGCAGUGACCUGAAGACAUCGAUGGGACUACGAUGGCAUGAGGUGGUCAACCAUAUUUGCCAGGUGAUCUUCUGGGGAAACCUGAUAGUUGUGAUAAUAUGUUACGUUCUCAUUUCAAAAGAGCUUUAUAAGUCUAUUGCUCGAACGAGAUCUCAACAUGCAGUGAGCCAGGGACAGCAGAAGAAAACCAUUAUACAGUUGAAUGUCUUCCUUGUAUUGGCCGUCUUCUUCGUUUGCUUCGUACCAUUUCAUUUUGCCCGAGUGCCGUACACCAUCAGCCAGACAAGAGGAAAGAUGUUUAACUGCCAGGAUAAGUUGUUAUUCUUCCAGUUGAAGGAGAGCACGCUGUGGCUUUCCUCUCUCAAUGCUGUGCUGGAUCCACUCAUCUACUUCUUCCUCUGCAAGUCUUUCAGGAGAUCUCUCUUUAACACUCUCAGUAUCUCUCCUGGAUGCUGCAGAGAUCUCGGGACAGACACGGUGAGCACAGGGUAAUAUACCCAGACAUGAUAGAUGGAGAACUUUUCUAUUUUAUGUUUUCUGAACAUUCCCUUAUAAUAUGAUCGUGGCAAUGAGCUUUCCUAUAUGUUUAUCCUGGGAAAUGAUCUGUGCUUAAACUGACUCAUGCUUUGUUAUAAUUACAUGAAUGAUCUCAUAACACCUGUCAAUAUUUCACCUCCAAAACCAAAUAAAAAAUAAAUAAAAAAUUGCAUUUAUUAAGAUUGCAUAACAAGAUGUUAAAUUAUUUAAAAUAGUGAUUUUGUUGUACUGCUUUCAUUAAUAUUGAUUUAAAGAAAGCAAUAUUACUAUACAUCAGUAAUGAAGCGAGAAUCACAUUUUAAAACGUUUGGAUUGCAGUAGUAAUUUUGGUAACACAUUAAAAUAAGGUUCAUUAGUUAACAUUAGAUAACUACAUUAGUUAACAUUCAUUAAUCUUUGUUAAUGUUAUUUUCAGCAAUUACUAAUACUUUUUUAAAAUCUUGUUAACGUUAGUUAAUGCACUGUGAACUAACAUGAACAAACAAUUAAAAGCUUUAUUUCUAUUAACUAACAUUAACAAAAAUUAAUAAAUACUGUAACAAAUGCAUUGCUCAUGGUUUAUUCAUGUUAGGUAAAAAAUUAACUAAUGUUAACUAAUGAACCUUAUUGUAAAGUGUUACAGUCAUUUUUUAUUGUGAAAAAAAAUUGCUUAAUUGCAAAUAAUAUAUUAAGAUCAAAAUUGGUGUGCAAAAUAUUGUUCUUUCUGCAAAAUAUUAUAUUUUCUAUGUUUUGAUGAAAUUAAUUUAUAUACAAACACAUGUGCUGUUUUUCUUUAUACAAAAGGCUUUAAUACAGAGUGAGAGUUCAAGUCAAAUGAGAAUAAUGUUAGAUUUAACAAGGUUUAACUUCAUCAAUAAAAUGAAUGCAGAUUUUGUUAUUUCCAUAUGUAACACAAUCAUGUAUUUU